UCUAAGUCUUCAAUGCCAUGACAACACUCAGAUAUUAGCUAACUGCUGAGUUUUGGAUUCUCCUGGGUCCCUAGAAAGAAUUCUUCAGGUGUCCUGCCCAUCUUGAUGCUUGAGUGCUGUAUUUCACUGGGGGGCAUCUUAUUCUGGUUUGCUUUUAUAAUUAGGUCAUAGCCACACUAAGCUCUUAUUGCAGAGGCUUGGAGGAAUUUUUGAGUUUGUCAUCAUCAUUAUCAUAAUCAUGAUGAUGUUGUUUUCGGUGGUGGGUCUGGUUGUUGUAGUAUUUCUUGUGAUCAAGAUUUGGCGUCGUUAUUAUUUUUGUUAUCCUAGGGGAGGGAAGAAACUGCCUCCUGGGUCAAUGGGUUGGCCUUACAUCGGAGAAACACUGCGCCUCUAUUCACAGAACCCUAAUCUCUUCUUUGCCGCCAAACAGAAGAGGUAUGGGGAUGUGUUCAAAACACACAUAUUGGGAUGCCCUUGCAUUAUGAUUGCCAGCGCAGAGGCCGCUAAGUUUAUUCUGGUGACUCAGGCUCAUCUUUUCAAGCCAACUUUUCCUGCAAGCAAGGAACGCAUGAUUGGUCCGCAGGCUUUGUUUUUUCAUCAAGGUGAGUACCAUGCAAAGGUGAGAAAAAUGGUUCAGAGUUCACUGUUUCCCGAGUGCAUCAGAAACAUUGUUCCCCACAUCGAGUCCAUUGCUCUUAAUGCCUUGAAGUCAUGGGAAGGAAGGACAAUCAAUACAUUUCAGGAAAUGAAAAGGAUUUCCUUUAGUGUGGGAAUCCUUGCCAUUUUUGGUAAGCAUCAACUUUUCGACAAGGAUGAUCUUAAGAGAUCCUACUACGUGGUCGAGACUGGAUAUAACUCCAUGCCCUUUAAUUUCCCUGGAACUCUUUAUAACAAAGCAAUGAAGGCCAGGAGACGUUUGAAUGAAGUUCUUAGCAAAGUAAUAGCAGAACGAAGGGCCAGCAAGAUUUCAUGCAACGAUUUACUUGGCACACUCAUGGAUUCAACAGAUGACAAUGGUUCUGAGCCACUCAAAGACAAUCAGAUUGCUGAUAACAUCAUUGGGGUGAUUUUUGCAGCACAAGAUACGACAGCAAGUGUCUUAACAUGGAUAAUCAAAUAUCUGAGGGACUAUCCUCGCCUCCUCGAAGCCGUUACUGCGGAGCAAGAAGCCAUCCGGGAGGCCAAAUGCGGCGAAGAGAAGUCGUUAACUUGGGCUGACACAAGGAAAAUGCAUUUGACAUCAAGAGUAAUUCAAGAGACUUUAAGAAUUGCUUCAAUUAUAUCAUUUACUUUCAGGGAAGCGGUUCAAGACGUAGAGUACAAAGGUUAUUUAAUUCCCAAGGGAUGGAAGGUGAUGCCUCUCUUCAGAAAUAUCCACCACAGCUCGGAAGUGUUCGCAGAUCCUCACAAUUUCGAUCCUUCUCGAUUCGAGAUGCCUCCAAAGCCUAAUACCUUUCUGGCCUUUGGAAAUGGAGCACACUCCUGCCCUGGCAGCGAGUUGGCCAAAUUGGAGAUGCUCGUCCUGAUCCACCACCUCACUACGAAGUACAGGUGGGAUCGUGUGAGUGCACACAAUGGGAUUCAGUAUGGACCCUUCCCUGUCCCAAAAGGAGGACUCCCUAUUGAAGUCUAUCAGAAGACAGAGAGAAUGUGAUCUUCCAAUAGGAGGACAACUUCAAGCUUCACAGCUUUUGACCAGAACAAAGAUCAUAAUACUUAUUCUUACCAAGUACCAAAAUCUCAGCUCCUUUAGGCGCGUUAUCAUCUGAGCCAAUGAUGAAAUCGAAGGAUUACCUAUAGAUAUUCUGUUUGCUUCUUUCUAUCAUCAGAUACACCUUCCUAUGUAUCAAAUCAUAUAACACUAUAAUAGAUUGAUAAUAUUUUGUCAGGUAGAUGGUGUGUGUGGGAGCCUUGGUUUGAUCAUUGAUAUGAAAUCCACUUUAAUAUAGUCAGGGAAGAGCACGGGGUGUUUAGACGUGUUGGUGUUUUAUAGGGCUUCCUAAAAAGGCAUAUGUGAGUAGUGAUCAGAUGUCCAUGCUUGGUAUCUACAAAAGAAAGGAAAUCCAAAAGUAAGCAAAUUGAAGCGACGCAGGGAUUUUUAAAAGAUUUGUGGGUUUAUUUUCUCACUCACUUAUCAUCA